ACAUGGCUGAGAAUUUUCCAUCGAUUUGAUUUUUUACUUAUUUAAGGGUCUAAAAAUUUCAAAUGCUCGAUGCUUGAUUUAUGAGUGGAUAGUAAUUUUUGGGGCACCCCUAGAGAGACACCCCAGCAUUAGUGACUCUCCCCCAUGAGGGAAGGUCUAGAGAUAAGAGCAGCAUGUUGGAUGGCUUCCAGAUCCUUGCCAGUCAUGGGGUACAGCCUGAUUAAUUUGCAUGGUCAGGUGACCAGGUCUGACCUCCAUAGAUGUAGGGUAGGCGUUGGCGGAGAGGCUGUCACACAUACUGGGGAGGUACAUGCUAUACACAUCUCAGGAAGAUGACCAGCAGUCGCAAAAGAACUGAAGUUUGAUCAUAGGACGUCCAAGUUUCAUACAUCUGAUGUGCCUCCCAGUGCCGACUGUGAAGUGACAAGUUUGAAAACUUUAAUGCUUGUAAGCAUUCUUGUGAAUUCUGGAGCAGAGGUGGGGACCGCAUCGUCUCUCUGACCAAGGCUUCCACACCCGAGAUCGAGUUUUACAAUGGCCAGCAACAUCCCUGUAGUCAAGCAGAUUGACAAGCAGUUCCUGAUCUGCGGAAUUUGUCUGGAGCGUUAUAAAACUCCCAAGGUCCUCCCCUGCCUUCACACCUUUUGUGAAUGCUGCUUACAAACUUACAUUCCUCAAGAGAGUCUGUCCCUGUCUUGUCCCGUCUGUCGACAGACGUCCAUCCUCCCACAGAAGGGAGUGUCGGCUCUCCAGAACAACUUCUUCAUCACCGGCCUGAUGGAGGUGCUGGAGCGACCGGAGGAGGACUCGGAAGAUCCGCCAGAAGCGAUGAAACCCCAGCCGCUGUCGUGUCCCAGUCACGAGGGACAGGAUCUGGAGUACUACUGCCAGUCCUGCGAAACGGCCGUGUGCCAAAACUGCACCGCAGUGGAGCACAACGAACACACCACUGUACAGCUGAAAGAUGUGGUGCAGGAUCACAAGGCAGCCCUGCAGCAGCGGUUAGAGAUAGCCAAGUCCCAGCUCCCCAGCAUUGGGGAGGCCAUCAAGAAUAUCGCAGAGAUCAGCCAACAUCUUGCCACCAAGAAAAGCGAUGCAGAGAUCGAAAUCACCAGUGCAUUUGAGGAGCUGGAGAAGGCCAUCAGCCAACGAAAAACUGCACUGUUCUCUGAGUUGGAGACUGUAUACAGUGCCAAGAACCAAGUUCUACAUGACCAGAAAGAAGCUCUGAAUUCCGCACUAGCGAACAUCAGCAGCAGCUGUGAGUUUACAGAACAGGCCCUCAGCCACGGAAAUGAGACAGAAGUUCUGUUGAUUAAGAAACAGAUGAGUGACAGACUUACAGAACUGGCAUCCAUUAAGUACCCUUUAAAACCAGAACAGAAUGAUUUUGUACUGUUCCAAGCAGAGUUAGAUAACAUCAAACGGUCCAUUGCAAACAUGGGCUGUAUAUUGACCAACCACUCAGUUGGACACGAGACUGUAGCAAGUGGGGAAGGGCUCAGACAAGGAGUGAUUGGUCGACAAAUGUCAGUUACGAUAACAACUAAGGAUCGUCUUGGCAGCUUGAUCAAGACUGGACAUGCGGACAUUUCUGUGGAGAUAGCCAGUCCAGAGGGCAGCGUGAUUGAUGGUGAGGUAGCUGAUAACAAGAAUGGAACAUACGAGCUGACGUACCUACCUCAGAAAGAAGGCAAAUACAGCAUGGCUCUGAGGCUGUUCGGUGAACAUGUCAGAGGCAGUCCAUUUGAUUUAAAAGUCAUACCCGAGUCUCAACUUCCCGACCAGUCCGUCAAAACGAAAAUCAUCAAGACUGGUACCGUGCGACAGAAAGCGUACAAGCGCCCAGCCAGCAGUAGGUCUAAAGGCUCGCGACCGAGAAGCAACCCAAUCGAAGACGAUCUAGUAAUGCGUGUUGGGGUUAAAGGUCGGAACAAGGGUGAGUUCACUAAUCCUCAAGGGGUGGCCACGUGUCCGGGAAAGAUCAUAGUUGCAGACAGCAACAACCAAGUUAUACAGGUGUUCAGUAACAUGGGAGACUUCAAGCUGAAGUUUGGUGCUCGGGGUCGCAAUGCCGGGCAGCUUCAAAGACCAACGGGAGUCACAGUUUCGCACAACGGGAAUUACAUCGUGGCUGACUACGACAACAAGUGGGUCAGCGUGUUCGGACCGGACGGAAAGUUCAUCAACAAGUUUGGCUCAGGAAAACUUCUCGGCCCCAAGGGGGUGGCAGUAGACAAGAACGGACACAUCAUCGUCGUAGACAACAAGGCCAGCUGUGUUUUCAUCUUCCAGUCCAAUGGAAAGUUUCUGCAGAAAUUCGGUUCAAGAGGAAAUGACGACAAGCAGUUUGCAGGACCACACUUUGUAGCUGUUAGUCCAGCGAACAACAUUGUGGUGUCAGACUUCCAUAACCAUUGCGUUAAGGUGUUUGAUCCAAACGGGACGUUUCUGUACCGUUUCGGAUCAAAUGGAGAGGGCAAUGGACAGUUCAAUGCACCAACAGGUGUUGCUGUGGACUCGUCAGGUAACAUCAUUGUUGCAGACUGGGGAAACAGCAGAAUACAGGUAUUUGACUGUACGGGAUCGUUCCUGUCUUAUGUGAACACCAUGGCGGAUCCACUGUAUGGACCACAGGGGCUGUGCCUCACUGCUGAUGGCUAUGUGGCAGUGGCCGACUCAGGAAACCACUGCUUCAAGAUAUACAAGUAUCUACAAUAACAAUGCGAGGUCAUUACCUUGCUUCUUAUCAUUCUCCUAGGUACCUAAUUACCUGCAACCUAUACAAUAUAUAUUGGGAAACCUGUACAAUUUAUCUUAAGAUUAGAUAUCUUAAGAUUAUUCUCUAUCUUGGGGAGGCUCCACUACUUUGUGGUAGUGGUCUCUAACCAAUCAACCAAUCAGUCUGCCAAUCAGACAAUCAUCUAUUCUUUAGGUAAAGCUGAUUCUCUGAUUGGCGUCAAUGGCUUGAAUAAAAAACAGCGUACAGGCUGAUUUGAGA